GGAGCCCGAAAGAAUGAGUUCUCCGCCGGGACGGAGGAGCCAUAAAGAGCCGGGGAGGGAGGGCAGAUUUCUCGCUGCCCAAUCCCCCUGUUCCCCCGGGAGAAGCAGCCUUCAACGGCCCGUCCCUCCCUCUUGUUUGCUAAUCAUUUCAUUUUACUCCCUUUUUGAAGCGCUGCCUCGUUUUUUAUUCCACUUUUCCUUUCCUCUCGAUCCGUGGCUGCUCCUCUUUCUGAUCCCGGCUUCGUGCGCCCCGGCUCACCGGACCCUCUUUACGGCUCUCCUCGCUCCGUGCUCCUCUCUCCAACCCGCGGCUGGGAUCUAAACCAAGCCCGGUGAAGCCCAGAGGAAUCAGCGGCUCUUUUCUGGAUCAGUACUCGGCACUUUGGGGACGCUCGCAGUUGCGCCUCCUCCCUCCUCCUCCUCCCCUUGUCCUCAUCACUCCUAUUUUCUCCACCUUAAUCCAGGUGGUCCUCUGGCUUCUUUGAGCGGCUGGUACAGGGAGGAUUAUUCUUCAUCCUGUUUCUGGUGAAUAAAAAGCUCCCAGAAGGACAUUCUGAUGUUCUCCAUCCAGGACAGCCUCCCCCGGGGGGGCCUGACCAUGAAGGAGGAGCCGCUCCCCACCGGCAUGACCCCGGUCCGCUCCUGGAUGCAGGGCGCAGGGAUUUUGGACGCCAACACAGCGGCCCAGAGUGGCGUGGGACUGGCCCGGGCUCACUUUGAGAAGCAGCCUCCUUCCAACUUGAGGAAGUCCAAUUUCUUCCACUUUGUUCUGGCAUUGUAUGAUCGGCAGGGUCAGCCAGUGGAGAUCGAGAGGACUUCCUACGUGGACUUUGUGGAAAAAGACAAGGAAUAUAAUGGAGAAAAGACCAACAAUGGAAUCCACUACCGCCUGCAGCUCCUGUACAGCAACGGCAUCCGGACAGAGCAGGAUCUUUACGUUCGGCUCAUCGACUCCAUGACCAAACAGCCAAUCCUAUACGAAGGUCAGGACAAGAACCCGGAGAUGUGUCGAGUCCUCCUCACCCACGAGAUCAUGUGCAGUCGAUGCUGCGACAAGAAGAGCUGUGGAAAUCGGAACGAGACGCCUUCGGACCCGGUGAUCAUCGACAGAUUUUUCCUGAAGUUCUUCCUGAAAUGCAACCAGAACUGUUUGAAAAAUGCUGGAAAUCCUCGGGACAUGAGGCGGUUCCAGGUGGUGGUGUCCACUACGGUCAACGUGGACGGUCACGUGCUGGCCGUCUCAGACAACAUGUUCGUCCACAACAACUCCAAACAUGGCCGCCGCGCCCGGCGUCUGGACCCGUCUGAAGCAGCCACGCCCUGCAUCAAAGCCAUCAGUCCGAGCGAGGGCUGGACGACCGGCGGCGCCACCGUCAUCCUCAUCGGGGACAACUUCUUCGAUGGCCUGCAGGUGGUCUUCGGCACCAUGCUGGUCUGGAGCGAGCUGAUCACCCCCCACGCCAUCCGGGUACAGACUCCCCCUCGGCACAUCCCUGGAGUGGUGGAGGUCACGCUGUCCUACAAGUCCAAACAGUUCUGCAAAGGAGCGCCGGGACGCUUCGUCUACACCGCGCUCAAUGAGCCCACCAUCGACUACGGCUUCCAGAGGCUACAGAAGGUCAUCCCUCGCCACCCUGGAGACCCCGAGAGGUUACCAAAGGAGGUUCUGCUGAAGCGAGCGGCCGACCUGGUGGAGGCGCUUUAUGGGAUGCCGCACAACAACCAGGAGAUCAUCCUGAAGCGAGCCGCCGACCUCACCGAGGCGCUCUACAGCGUCCCCCGCAGCCACAACCAGCUGCCGUCGCUCACCGGCUCCGCCGCUCACUCCGGGAUGAUGGCCGUCAACUCGUUCAGCAGUCAGCUGGCCGUCAACAUCAGCGAGGCGUCCCAGGCCGACCAGGGUUAUUCCCGUAACUCAAACAGUGUGUCUCCUCGAGGAUACGUGCCAAGCUCCACACCUCAGCAGUCCAACUACAACACCAUCACGUCCACCAUGAACGGGUACGGAGCAGCGGGCAUGACCAACCUGGGCGUCCCCGGCUCUCCCAGCUUUCUCAACGGAUCCACCGCCAACUCUGCUUACGCAAGCCCUUGUUCAUUCUCUCCUGUCCAUAUGAUCUCCGCAGUCAAACAGAAGAGCGCCUUCGCCCCCGUCGUGCGGCCACAGACCUCCCCGCCCCCCACCUGCACCACCACCAAUGGCAGCAACCUCCAGGCCAUGGCCGGCCUCAUCGUGCCCCCCAUGUGAGGACACCUCAGAACAGACCCGAGCCAGAACCGCCGCUGCUUCUUCCUCUCUUCCACCACCAGCAGUCCACAUCACGCUGCCCCCUGCUGGCAGACGCUUUGCGGACCGGAUGAUCUCCAGCUGGUUCUGUUGUUCUGAGACAAUAAACGGUUUUCUCUGGAACUAAGUGGGAAGCAGUCAGGUCCAUCGGGAGCUUCGGUUUGGAGAAACGUGCCGAAAAUCACAGCUGAGCUGAAGGACAAGCGUUUAGAUUGCACCCAAAUUCUGCCUCAAACAGGAAGGAGUGAAGAGGGGAACAGUUUCAGCCUGUAGAGAUUUAAUCUUCAGAACAGCUGAAUGUUGCUCCUGCUCUGGUCUCUGAGUGAAUCUGGACCUUUCCCUGCAGCCUUCUCCAGCUUGUUGAUGGAGAACUGAAGAGAUCCGACAUCCAGAGUUUGUUCUGUCAGAAUGUGAACAUUCUCCCAGAAUUAACAAAGAAGCCAUCCUGGUUUUAUUUCCAUCAGCUUCCUGCAGCCGUUCUAAAGCGAUUGCAAUUAAAAGCAGAGAGUUUGAUCCAAACCAGUUAAUAUUCUGAUUGUGGUGGUUGGAAAUGUUCCCUCUAACCUUCAAUCCUGUCAGUUCUCACAGGAACCAGAGCUCCCAGUGGACCCAGCUGGACCAAGUCCAGUUGAUGUUAUUUUAAAAUGGGACCGGGGGGGGGGGCGUCUGCUCGGAGCGUGUUCCUUUCUGUACCAUAGCUUCCAGCCAUGUUUGUGUCCUAUAUCCUGUAAAGAAGGACGCUGCAGAGUUCAACUUCCUGCUUCUUCCUCACUUUUUUGAUCCUGUUUGAUAGCUUCUUUCCGCUGAUGUGUCGAGUCUUAGAUCGGAACCAGAACAAGGUUUGGACUCUGUUUUUUUUUUUCUGUUUGUUUCUCCUGGUUGUGAUUAUUUUCCAUGUAUUUAAGACGUCAGCUUUGGGCGUUCCUUCUGUGAUUUAGGCCUGAACGAUAGUCUGGAUUAUACCUGUCAACACAUGGAUGUCUUCAUACCUUUUAGAUCUUGUAAAAACAGUAACCAAGUAAAAACAACAAUCCUGUUUUUGUAAUAAAAAAUACGAAAGAAAAAAAAACUAAUUUAAACAAAAAACAAUGUGACGAUCGACCUUGGAAAGCAGGAAGUUAAAUCAACGCUUUCAUCACUUUUGUAGAAAAUGCUUUUUCUGAUAUUUAACUUUUUGUAAAAGACUUUGUGUUUUUCCUGCUUUUUCUUGUUCUGUGUGGAUUAUUGUGAAAUCUAUAUUCAAGGUUAUUUCUAAAUGCACUGUUUUGGUUGGAGCACUAAAGAAGAAGAGAAAAGAUGAAACCUAGAACCAUGUGAAGCCACAUGUCUUCAUCCAGGAACCUUUGUACUAACCUCAUAUUCCUACAUCAGGGAUGAAAUCCUUGUCUACGCUUGGCUUUUAUUUGACAGACAGGAAACCUGCAUUUAGUCAGCAUCAGUGGUUCCGGUAACGUUCCAGCAUCAGUGGUUCCGGUAACGUUCCACGCGAUCCGGAUCAUUGGCCUGCAGAACCGUGUUCCCUGCAGUUUGGUCAUCCUGCUGUCAAAGUUCAGGAAAUCCUUCUCUUCUGCACAGAUCAGAGAGUAUCUCAGUUCCAGAUUAGAUUUCCUCAGGUUCUUCGACACAAGAACAUUUUAGUGAAAACGCCAAAAUCUUUAAGAAGAUCCAACAUUUUUUUUAGUUACAAAGCAAAUCUGCUUAAAAUGUCCAGUUUUUCAAACGGUUUUGGAUUUAUAUUUUUACUUCUGCAGAAAAAAGAGGAGAACAUUUUAGACUUCAGGUGGGUUUUUCUCAGGUUCUCCAAAAAGUUUUUUAAUUGAUUCUUUUACAGCAGCGAAGAACGAAGCUGGACGUUAAUACGAAAUCCAGGGAAGUUUUCAAACUAGAUUUUUCUCUGUUCUUAGAAAAGAAAGAAAUGAACAACUGAGCAAAGAGAAUUUAUUUUAGCACAGAUUGUAUCCAAGAGAACCAGCCAGUUCCUCCAGAACCACAGCAGGCGUUCCAUGAUUGCUUUUGAGUUUCUUGGGUUUAUACGAUUGAUUUUUCAAAAAAAGGGGUUAAAAUUUUACGUUUCCUAAACUGCUCCAGAUAUGUUGCAGGGUUUUAUCAGAACAAAUAAGUUUAGAGUCCGGAGCGUCUCUGGAUCCCACCUGCAGGGAGUCGGAACACGUGAAGCACCAGCUGCGGUUACUUCCUUUCCCACUUCACAUUUUUCCAGUUUUCCAUCAGUCAGAAUGUGGAACGUUGUGGAUCUGAACGGGUAAAACUGGAAGUGCUGAAGGAACACAGUGACCUGGAACCGUCUCCUCUGGUGUCUCCUCCAGGUCUUCAGCUCAGAGUUUAAGCAGAAACAGAAACGUUUGGAUGUUUAACUUCAAUGUGAAAGAGGGCAGAGGUCUAUCAUCUUUGUGAAAUAUAAAAUAUAUCAAAGUAUAUCAAAGCACAAUGUUUAAUUAUUGUCUUUAGAAUGAAGCCCCCGGGGUGGGGCGCUCCCCCUGCCCGGGGCCUUGGUUUCUCUGUCUCUGGCCAUGCUGUAAAUAGAUGCAUGUCUUCUGUUCUUCAGCUGUUUUCUUGUGAUCCGUGUUUUUUGUACAGAAACAGUCUAAUAAAAAUUACGUUUGGCUUGAA